AUUUGGGUUUUACUUUGAGGGAAAGCCUGAAACCCCAGAAGAAUUAUGUCCUUUACUGUCAAUCCUGUGGUGACAUCAUAGUAAAAGACCGGAAAUUUCGCAGAGUUCUUCCUCUACCAAGUGAAAACUGGAGUGCUUUAGUUGAAGAGUGGUGUUGUCACCCUAACCCCUUUGCCAGAAGCACUUUGCACCCUCAGCAUGAUGACUGUUUCCUUGGAGACACUUUUUUUCUGUUGAAUUCAGGAAAUGAAUCACAUAUGCCUGAAUCUCCCAUGUGCUGCUCAGAGACUGGACACCAAGCUUCUCAGAGCGGCUCCAACUUGAAAUCAAACGAAAAUACCAGAGUAAUUUGUAAGCGCUGCAAGACAACGCUGGGAGAAACAGUAUCAUCAGAUACCAUUAAAUAUUAUGUCACCGAGGUGAUUAUCCAGCCAUCUGAGGGAAGUUUCAGUGCAACACCAAGGUCUCACUUCCUACAGAGCAUGGUUGCUCAGUGUCUUUUGGAAUUGUCCUCUGCUAAAAGCACAUUUAGAUUCACCAUAAAAGGGGAUGAUGGAAAAAUCUAUAUUCUGAUUUGGCUUUUAAAUUCUGACACGUUGCUGGUGGAGUCUUUAGGAAGUUUCUCCUCCCACAGUGUUUUUACACUGUUUGGAGAUAUUUUCAUGCCUAGCUCUGGACCAGUGGGGACCUGGGAUGCUGUCAAAGUCCUUUACCAGCCGUGCAUUAGGAGCAGGAAUAAGGA